GGGAAUAAAAUCAACAGUGUUGAUAUUACAAAAUGACAAAACAUCCUCCGAAUAGAAGAGGGAUCAACUUUGAGGUGGGAGCCCAGUUGGAAGCCCGUGACAGAUUAAAAAACUGGUAUCCAGCUCAUAUUGAAGAAAUUGAUUAUGAAGAAGGAAAAGUACUUAUCCAUUUCAAACGCUGGAACCAUAGAUAUGAUGAGUGGUUUUGUUGGGACAGUCCUUAUUUGCGUCCCUUAGAGAAGAUACAGUUAAGAAAAGAAGGAUUACAGGAGGAAGAAAGUUGUGCAGGUUUUCAUAUAAAUGAUCAGGUGUUGGCAUGCUGGUCUGACUGUCGCUUCUAUCCAGCCAAAGUUACUUCUGUUAACAAAGAUGGUACAUACACUGUGAAGUUUUAUGAUGGUGUAGUUCAGACUGUCAAAAACAUUCAUGUCAAAGCUUUUUCCAAAGAUCAGAAUAUUGUGGGUAAUGCUAAGUCUAAGGAGAGAGGUGAUGAAAUUCCGUCAUCUCCUGAAAAGCGGGAGAAAUUUAAAGAACAGAGGAAAGCAACAGGUAAUGCAAAGAAAGACAAGGAUGAAAAGACAUUAAAGACUGAGAAAAGAGUUAAGCAGCCUGAUAAAGAAGGAAGAUUGAUGGUCAUCUCAGAAAAAGGCAAGGUCUCAGAGAAGAAUAUAUCUAAGAAUGGAAAAGAAGAUAAGGAGAAUAUAUCAGAGAAUGAUAUGGAAUAUUCAGUAGAUACACAAAUUGAGAAGAAACCUGAGAAUGACAAUGUAAAGAGUCCACAGGAAAACGCAAAAGAAACAAAACGGAAACGUGGCAGACCACCAGUAACACCUCCCACAGAGCCAGGUUCUCAGACGCUGCAGCCCAUAACUUUGGAGUUAAGACGUCGGAAAAUACCUAAAGGAGGUGAAGUUCCAUCCAAGCGUCCCAGGAUUGACAAAAACUUGUCUCAGGAAAAAUUGAAGAAUUCUUCAGACAACCCUGAAAGAGACCAGAGCAGGAGACGAUCUUCAAGACUCUCGUCUAGUAUUAGCCAUGAGAUUUUAAAUACAGAUCAUGUCAUAUCCUCAACAGAAAUUCAACCGUUGAAAGAUGCAGUAUCAAACCAAAAGGAAUCUGAGAAAGUCCAGUUAGAAAUUCCUGUUGAAUCUGACCAAAGUUUCAGUGAACAAGGAUCUCCUGGAAACACAUCCCACAGCACAGCACUCAGCACACACACCAGUUUACAGGAAGAAAAAGCUGAAGAGACUGAAUCUUCCUCGGUUACUCCCAGAACCCAAGAACCUUCUGCUGCUACAGUAACAAAACCUUGUAGGAGAACAGAUUUUCUUGCAUCCAAAAAAGCUGCAACUGUUGAUCAAGAUCACAAGUUUAGAUGCAAGUUCUUGGACUGUUCAAAAUCCUUCCGCAAAGCCAAGUUAUUGUAUUAUCACAUGAAAUACUUUCAUGGAGUGGAGAAGGCUUCAGAAUCACAGCAGAACCCUGUAAAAAGAAAUAUUCAAACCAGAGCUUCUUUGGCUUCUGAAAAAGCUAAUCAAGAAAGGUCAAAAAGACGACGGACCACAACUGGUUCAUUGUAUGCUCCUCUACACAUAGCCCUAAGGAGUACCCCUUAUAGAGGUGAAAAAAUAGAAAAGAGAAGAACUUCAACUCCUGUAAGUGCAUUAAAUAGUCGUGGACAUUCGGUUAGAGAACAAAGCAGGAACCACAUAGCGCGAUCGCUGCGGAAGCCUCCAGCAAAAGCAAGAGUUGAAAAUGCUGUUAAAGAACAUGAGAAGAACAAAGAAAGAAAAUCCAAAGACUAUGGAAGGUCCAAGUCAAAGAAAAAGAAAAAAAAGAAAAAGAGAACUAAAUCUGAAUACUCUGGCAGUGAAGAGAACACAGAUAUUUCGCUGGAGCUUUCUCCUGAAAAGUCAGUUGUCACAAAAUGUGUAUCUUCAAAUAAAUCAUCUGCCCACCCAAGCACAGCGCUACGCUGCUCUGAUCCCAGACAGCACAGAGGGAGAUCAAAACCACAUGAGGAUGACACCCUGAGUGAGUCAUCUAUGGAUAGCUUCCUUUGGAGUGAUGAUGACUGCAGCCAGGAUGUGGAUGUAACCACAAACCCUGAUGAAGAAGCUGAAGAAAGUGAUUUUGAGAUUGUUCGGUGUGUUUGUGAAGUCAAAGAAGAAAAUGACUUCAUGAUUCAGAUCAUGGAGUCUGUGCUCAAAUACUAUCUCUGGUUUUGUCAGAGGUCCAGCUUAAAGUACUGGUAUGAGAAGGAGUGGUUAAGUAAUGGUCACAUGCAUGGCUUGGCAUUUUUGGAAGAAAAUUAUUCCCAUCAGAAUGCCAAGAAGAUUGUAGCCACUCACCAGCUUCUUGGCGAUGUGCAGAGAGUGAUAGAAGUACUGCAUGGACUGCAGCUGAAGAUGAGCAUAUUACAAAAUAAAGAACAUCCUGACCUAAAGCUUUGGUGCCAUCCAUGGAAGCACAUUACAGUGGAUGAAAAAAUUCACACCAAACACAUCAUUCACAUUGAGGAAAACUGUGGCAAAGAGGAGACAGCAGGUUAUAGAACUUGGAAUGGGACAGUUGAGAAACCCUCAACCAUCCCCUCUGUGGAGGAAUCCUACAUCACAAGUGAACACUGUUACCAGAAGCCUCGGGCUUACUACCCUGCCAUAGAGCAGAGACUGGUGGUGGAGACAAGAGGUUCGGCCAUGGAUGAUGGAGUGAAUAGAAUAAGGGAGAAUGGGGAUGAUGCCCUGUCAGAGAGGUUUGGCUGGAAUCUGGACCGAGAAAUAUGCAAGAUGGAAAACGAAUCCAAACACAAUUACUCCAAGGUAAGAGAGUCUGUCUCCAAGAAAGUCUCUCCAGAGGAAGCAAUUGAAAUGAAAUUGCUAGAAAAAGAGAAAGAAGGAGUUGUGAACACACAGCUGCAGUGGCAGCUCAAUCUUCUAGCCCAUGUGGAAUCUCUGCAAGAUGAAGUCAUACACAGAAUGGAUUUCAUUGAGAAGGAACUAGAUGUGUUGGAGAGUUGGCUGGAUUAUACAGGAGAGCUGGAACCACCAGAACCACUGGCUCGACUCCCACAACUGAAACAUUGUAUAAAGCAGCUUAUAACAGACCUGGGCAAAGUGCAGCAGAUUGCACUGUGCUGCUCUACGUGA